AUGGCCAUCAUCCAGAGAUUUGGCGUGGGUGGCUUUUCACCUAGGGUCUAUAGCUUUGAUCCACCUUUUCAAGGUGCUGGACCAGGUUUUUGGCCACUAGGGUUGUUUGGUACCAUCCUUUUACCCAUCUUUACGGGUUUGGCUGGUUACUCUACGAUGGGAACUACGAAUCUGGGUGAUGUUGAUGUUUUUUUUUAUAAACCUAUGGAGACUAGUCUAGUGGAGUCUCCUGGACGCCUUCCUUAA